UUCAGCGCGACGUUCCCCGACGUUGUGCGCGAGUUUGCCGGCCGUCUGGCGCCCUCGGCCAACGAGAUCCGGCUCAAGCAGGAGGAGCUCAGCGUCGACCUCAUCAAGCAGUUCUACAUGGACUGCAAGAACGAGGACCACAAGUACGACAUCCUCGUCGAGCUCUACAACCUGCUGACGAUCGGGCAGAGCAUCAUCUUCUGCGCAGUGCGUAAGGGUGCACAGCCCUGCAGACCAGCUACUGACGCAGCGCUUGCGCACAGAAACGCGAGACGGCCGACCGGAUAGCACAGCGCAUGACGUCCGAGGGCCACAAGGUCGACUCGCUGCACGGCAAGCUUGAGACGGCGGACCGCGACCGGACCAUCGAUGCGUUCCGCGACGGCAAGAGCAAGGUCCUGAUCAGCACCAAUGUCAUCGCCCGCGGCAUCGACAUCAUGCAGGUCACGAUGGUGAUCAACUACGACAUGCCGCUCACGCAGUCCGGCGAGCCGGAUGCCGAGACGUACCUGCACCGCAUCGGCCGCACGGGCCGCUUCGGGCGCAAGGGCAUCUCGAUCAACUUCGUGCACGACCAGCAGUCGUGGCGGCACAUGACGGGCAUCGAACAGGCGCUCAAGUGCUCGAUCACGCGCGUCCAGACGGACGACAUCGACGAGAUGGAGAGCGUGCUGAAGGCUGCCAUCAAGGGCUGAGUGGGCAAGUUGCUAUCAGGGAUAAAUUAGACAAUGAGGCAGUAAGCGAGCGAGACUGCCAGGCAGAGGUGCGUGGCGAGACGGUGGU